AUGGAGGGCGUUUCCAAAUCCCUGGCCCACACAGUCCACUGUACAACUGACAGCCAAGACGUAGUCGUAGUCACGCCGAACUACCGUCUCGGUGUGCUUGGCUUCUCAGGUGCUCCUGGUGUUGAAGCAAAUGCUGUGCCUAAGGAUCACUUCGCUGCUGUUGAAUAG